UUCUCCAAAGCCUCCAUGGUGUAUGUGGUAAGAGACCUGGUUUACCUGCUCUGGGAUCGGUACUAACUAUAAGCUCCAGUAGGGGCAGCUUCAAUUUCCCAGCGAUACAUCAUUUUCAGUAAUUUCAGGGAAUAUCUAAGCUCCUGCUUCAGUAGUUACAGAUUCUCUGAGGAAGGAGCAUACUGGUUCUUGCCCUCACGGGCUGCAUAUGCUUACGAAGGAGGUAGAUAAUAAAUAAACUAGCAAGCGAAAGAGCGAGGGUAUGUCAGACGGUGGUAAGUGCUGUCAGGAAAAUAAAAGCUGGCUGUAAUACCUGGUACCUGGGGGCUAGACUCUGCAGGGUGGGAAGGUGGAAGACUUCCGUGAGGAGGUGGCAUGUGACUUCGGAAGGAACCAGCCAGUGGUGAUCUGGGAAAGGUGCUCCCCAAGCAGAGGAAACAGCGAGUGUAACACCCUGAGACAAGAAUGGGUGCCCAAGAUGUGGAAAGGGAUUGGAGGGUAAAAGGUGAGGAAGGGUGCUGGGAACUGACCUGACUCGGGUCUCCCUCUGGGUCCUCACUCCCCUCCUCCAGCAAAAAAACAAACAAACAAACAAACAAAAAACCCCAAAAAACAAAAACAAAAACAACACACCUUCCACCCCCAACCCUUAGCAACCGGGAGGCUAUUUUGUAAACAUCUUGGAAAUAUUUUGUUUUCCCCCGGAACCAAUCCUCAUCCCGCCCACCACCACUGAAGAAAGCUUGGCAAGUUUUCUAAUCAAAGUUCUUAUCGGGUUGAUAAUUUAUUGACCUCUUCCCCCAUUCAAGAUGUUCUUUAAUGAUCUUCACUUUCACAUUUAAUCCUUUCCUGCCUGACAACCCCGCUGGACGCCCCCGCGUGUCUCGAUGGGCAGAUUUAUUAGAACUCUCCCCCUCCCCCGGCAAUUUCCAGCACGCAGGCCCCACUCAUCUUGUGACCCGGCGCGCGCUGAACUUGGCGAGGUGGCCCUGCAGAGUUCACUCGGAUGUCACGGUCCGGGCUGCAGGGGUCACAGGCAGGUCAGGCCAGAGGAUUGGGAAUGGGCCCCAGGUCACGCCCCCGCUCGCCAGUUUUGCUCACCGGCUCGAGCGCUGUCUAGAAAGGGGCGGGCCCAGGAUUUCUGCGAAUCACUUCUGGUGCGUCUCGCGCGGUUCCUGCCGGUGCCCAGAAGUUGGCUGGCACCGUUUGCAGUCGCCAAACGGUUAGAUGAAAUGACGGUGGGAAAGACCCUUCUCUAGAGCCUCUGAAACACCGAGUAGGGUUAUGCGGGAAACGCAGACUGCCAAGCAAGCUCUGUGGCGACUCCGGCGUGGAGCGUUGCGGGACCGUGCAGUCCCUAGGACUCCACAUUUUCCAAUCCCGCCAGCUUUGGGGACCACCGCGGGAGGGUCACGUAUUUAACAGCCCUUAGGAUCAAAGAGUUUUCCAUUUACAAAGGACGCCUUCCGAGGCGUGCGGCGUGCUCCUGCAAGAGCCGGCGUUUAGUUUUAAACAAACGUAUUCUGUUUCGUUUUCCGCGCGGCUGGUGAGUCCGGCGCUCAAACUGAGGAUGUGAUGCGUGUGGCCCCACCAGGUGAGAAGUGGGGAGCGCACGUGCACUCCGCAGUGUCCGAGCUCCGGGCAUCAGGCAUCGGCUGCAGGAGCGGCUGAUUGCAGCUGGGCAAGGGCCAGAAUUGCUUCCGAGGAUGGAUUCUCUCAACACUCCCAUUAACGGCCGGCAGAGGCCUGGGUUCAGGGCCAAGCACCCCUCUCACCCGGGUGGCUUCGGUGGGCGGGGGCCGUGAGAGCGGAGGAAGGCUCCAGGUCAUCCUGGUGACGUAAUCUAGUGCGCGGAACUGGGGAAAGUAUUUGCAACCAGAAGCCCAUCUUGAAAACACAACUAUCCCGGGGUGUUGUGUAGACGGAUUGGGAAUUACCGCCUUCAUAUUAAGGAGAAGGAGACAGGAGCAAGGAUUUGUGGUGACUCACUCCAGGUCGUGCAAGUAGAGAUGGAGCCGAGCGCCGGAGCACAGACUCCUGGGCUUUCCUUUCUCUAUCUCUGUCACCUCAUCUUCCCAGGCCUAAGGAUCCCCUUCCUCUCUGCCUAGCUGGGGCUAUGAGUCCCAGGGCCCUCGGAAUCCGGCCGGCUGCUGCCGGUUCUCAGAGCGCUGAGCCGUGGUCAUGAAUUGCCCCUGUGGUCUCCCUCUGGGGCGUCAGAGUUGGGGCUCUGACUUGCGCAAGGUUACACCUGGAGUCCUGAGGGAUCUGGAGGCUCUCUUGUACCCUUAAGUUGGACCUUUCAAGACUUCAUGAGUGCUGACCUCCUUGAGGGGCUUGGGGAGCUGGGAUCUAUGAUCCUCCCAUCAUGUCUGACCCCCGCCCUGCACACACACACCACUCCUGCUCUCGCUUAGGUUCCGGCCCUGGGCUCUUCUGCGGGAUCUUCGGGAGAUUCGGGAGGUCUGCGUUUUGCUCUGCGUUCUGGAACUCAGUUUCCCCAGCGUGGGACGUGGCAAGCUAGUCGGUCCCUGAACGCACUUCCCUUUGCUCCCGCCAGCAGGUGGAAGGGAGCCCACACGGCGCCUGAAAAUGAAAAGCCAUUGAAGGCAGCUCUGGGACCGCCCGUCGGACCCGGCGCGAGGGAUUCCAAAAAGAUCACCAGGAAGCCCAGGACUUGGAGUUCCCGCUCCCCGGAGCCCAAGUCGGCCUCUGCCGCCGUCUCGGUCAGCCCCGCACACCUUGUAAGGGGGAGGCAGGCUUCUCUCUAGCCUCGCACCCCAGGAGGCGCGUUCGGAGGGAAGCAGCCACCGUGCCGCCUCUGCCUCGGCGUGGAACAAACGGUUAAAGAUUUUGGGCAGCGCCUCGCGGGGGGAGGAGCCAGGGGCCCAAUCCGCAAUUAAAGAUGAACUUUGGGUGAACUAAUUGUCUGACCAAGGUAACGUGGGCAGCAACCUGGGCCGCCUAUAAAGCGGGCGCGCGGCGGGGUUCGGAGCGCUGGCGACGGCGGCAGGUGGCGCGGGAGGCCGCGGCGCGCCAUGGGGCUCCCGGCGCUGCUGGCCAGUGCGCUCUGCACCUUCGUGCUACCGCUGCUGCUCUUCCUGGCCGCGAUCAAGCUCUGGGACCUGUACUGCGUGAGCAGCCGCGACCGCAGCUGCGCGCUCCCUUUGCCCCCCGGAACUAUGGGCUUCCCCUUCUUUGGGGAAACACUGCAGAUGGUGCUACAGCGAAGGAAGUUCCUGCAGAUGAAGCGCAGGAAAUACGGCUUCAUCUACAAGACGCAUCUGUUCGGGCGGCCCACAGUGCGGGUGAUGGGCGCCGACAACGUGCGGCGCAUCUUGCUCGGGGAGCACCGGUUGGUGUCGGUUCACUGGCCCGCGUCGGUGCGCACCAUCCUGGGCUCCGGCUGCCUCUCCAACCUGCACGACUCCUCGCACAAGCAGCGCAAGAAGGUGAUUAUGCGGGCCUUCAGCCGCGAGGCGCUCCAGUACUACGUGCCGGUGAUCGCGGAAGAAGUGGGCACUUGCCUGGAGCGGUGGCUGAGCUGCGGCGAGCGCGGCCUCCUGGUCUACCCCCAGGUGAAGCGCCUCAUGUUCCGCAUCGCCAUGCGCAUCCUGCUGGGCUGUGAGCCCCGACUGGCGAACGGCGGGGACGCGGAGCAGCAGCUGGUGGAGGCCUUCGAGGAAAUGACCCGCAAUCUCUUCUCCUUGCCCAUCGACGUGCCCUUCAGUGGGCUGUACCGGGGCAUGAAGGCGCGCAACCUCAUCCACGCGCGCAUAGAGGAGAACAUUCGCGCCAAGAUCUGCGGGCUGCGGGCGGCGGAGGCGGAGGCGGAGGCCGGCGGUGGCUGCAAAGAUGCGCUGCAGCUGUUGAUUGAGCACUCGUGGGAGAGGGGAGAGAGGCUGGACAUGCAGGCACUAAAGCAAUCUUCAACCGAACUCCUCUUUGGAGGACACGAAACCACAGCUAGUGCAGCCACGUCUCUGAUUACUUACUUGGGGCUCUACCCCCAUGUUCUCCAGAAGGUUCGAGAGGAGCUCAAGAGUAAGGGUUUACUUUGCAAAAGCAAUCAAGACAACAAGUUGGACAUGGAAAUUUUGGGACAGCUUAAAUACAUUGGGUGUGUUAUUAAAGAGACCCUUCGACUGAAUCCCCCAGUUCCAGGAGGGUUUCGGGUCGCUCUUAAGACUUUUGAAUUAAAUGGAUACCAGAUUCCCAAGGGCUGGAAUGUUAUCUACAGUAUCUGUGAUACUCACGAUGUGGCAGAUAUCUUCACCAACAAGGAGGAAUUUAAUCCUGACCGAUUUAUGCUGCCUCACCCAGAGGAUGCGUCCAGGUUCAGCUUCAUUCCAUUUGGAGGCGGCCUGAGGAGCUGCGUAGGGAAAGAGUUUGCAAAAAUUCUUCUCAAAAUAUUUACAGUGGAGCUGGCCAGGCAUUGUGACUGGCGGCUUCUAAAUGGACCUCCUACAAUGAAAACUAGUCCCACCGUGUACCCUGUGGAUGAUCUCCCUGCAAGGUUCACCCGUUUCCAGGGGGAAACCUGAUGGGUGUGAAUGCCCAGCCUUCAGACUUAUUUGAAGUGCACAUGAGGUUUUACAUAGUGUCAUGUUGAUUUUAUUAUAUUUAAUUUCUAAAUGUAUAUUAUAAUAUUUAUGUGUCUCUACUACAGUACCACAGUCUUUAAAUAUUAAAAUAAUGAAUUUGGAUAGUUUCCAAAUAAAGUAAAAUCUGAAGGUGCUUGUCUUGCAUUUAAGAUUCCUGUGGGGGGAAAGCUCACUGGUUUUAUAUUUGUAUAUUUAGCCAGGUUUCUAAGCAUCUACCUGCAUGGCUU